UUUACUAACAUGAAAGCUUCACACAAUUGGCUCUGGGAUGACUCUCAAUGAGUUGUCUCCGAUGAUUGCAAUGAGCUUCUUCCUAAGAACAGUGUCUACAAAUGGCAGAACAAUAACAAUGUUCUUGUAGCUGACAAAGGCCACGUUAGACCUAUAAUGAAGAUGUGCGAUAAAGAUAACUCUGAGGGCUCAAUGAUGGUCCCACAGAUAAAAGAUGAUGGAAAAAUCGCAAUUUUGCACCCAACACCAAGGCUUGGGUUAUUGGUUGAGAAGAUUAAGCAUAAGAACAGAGAACGAUGCUUGAAAGAAUUUAAGAAGAUAAAGAAUUAUUCAUCAUGGAGCUACUCUCAUAUUCACAACAAAAGUAAUGGAGAGAAUAUUUCUUCUUGGAAGUACAAGUGAGAAGUUGACCGAAAGAUAUCAUCACAUAGAAUCUUGGAUACAAUUAAUGGAGGAUCUCAAACACUGUUUCUGAGAAUAAAAAAGUAGUCUUCGCCUCGGUCCAAAUAAAUAACUUCUACAUAAUAAUUUC